GAUACUUGCCAUGAGUUUGGAGCGUAUGUACGAUAUACACACUGUAUGAGUGAAACGUGAUUUACAGGAUUCUUGUGUGCUUUUCUUGUGCAUUUAAACGUGUCUUUUUCUGAAAAACAAGCUUCAUCAUGGCCACAGAAGUUAGCUCAAACACUGCAGCAGGAAAUCCCCAACAGCAGCAGUCAAGUUCUGAGCAACAAGAGCCUCCCAACUUUGACAAAACAGAGAAACUGCCAAAGGAGAAUCAGCAGCUCACAGAAGUAGUGGACAAGCAAACAGCAGCAGUACCAGUCAACGGUGGUCCAGCCCACAAAGAGGAGGCAGAGAAGGAGCAGUCCUCAAGCAGCAAAGGAUUGUCUCGCUUCUUACCUGGCUGGCUCAAGAGACCCAAAUCUCAGAUUUCAGAAGAAGAGUGUGGAAAGGAAACUGGAUUAACUUCUGUGGAGGACAAUGCUAUACAACUACAACAACAACUGGAUUCUGUAGAGCAAAAAGAAGAAAGAGGACAAGGGGCCCCUAUUGCUGAUCAGGAGUUGGAUGAUAAUAUUGAAGAAGAAGCAACUUUAGAUUUACAUUCCCUGAGUAGUGUUGAAACACAGCCAGCACAAGAAGAGAAAGAAGAUCUUCUUCUCGAGAAGGAUUCAUUGAUUAAGGAUGAAGUAAAACUAGAAACUCCUGAAGAGAAAUUUGGUCAAAGUACAGAGCCACAAACCAGCGAAGCUUUGAAACCACUUCCAAAGAUUACCAAAAAAUCCAAAACCAUGCGUUGCAAGGUGACUCUAUUGGAUGAAACUGAAUUUCAGUGUGAUGUUGAGAGACAUUCCAAGGGACAUGAACUCUUUACCAAAGUGUGCCAACAUCUUAACCUUCUGGAGAAGGACUAUUUUGGUCUGGCCAUUUGGGAUUCCACAAAUCAGAGAAGUUGGUUAGAUCUUACCAAAGAAAUUAAGAAGCAGUUACAAGGUGGACCUUGGGAUUUUACAUUCAAUGUGAAGUUUUAUCCACCUGAUCCUGCGCAGUUGACCGAAGAUAUUACGAGAUACUACCUGUGUCUUCAGUUGCGUCAGGAUAUAGUUACUGGAUGUCUGCCAUGUUCAUUUGUUACUCUUGCCCUAUUGGGAUCAUACACUGUUCAAUCAGAGCUGGGUGAAUAUGAUCCAGAGUUACAUGGAACAAAUUACGUUAGUGAAUUUAGGUUGGCCCCAAAUCAAACAAAGGAAUUGGAAGAGAAAAUAAUGGAACUUCAUAAAACACAUAGAGCUAUGACUCCAGCACAAGCUGAUUUGCAAUUCUUGGAGAAUGCAAAGAAACUUUCAAUGUAUGGUGUGGACUUUCAUCCCGCUAAGGACUUAGAAGGAGUGGACAUCAUGCUUGGGGUAUGUUCAGGUGGUCUUCUUGUAUACAAAGACAGGCUCAGGAUCAAUCGUUUUGCCUGGCCGAAAGUUCUUAAGAUCUCAUACAAACGCAGCAGCUUCUUCAUUAAAAUUCGUCCAGGAGAGGAUCAGUGUGAAAGCACUAUUGGAUUCAAGCUGCCCAAUUACCGUGCUGCCAAAAAGUUGUGGAAGGUUUGCGUGGAAAAUCAUACCUUUUUCAGAUUAACAACACCGGAGUCCACAGCGAAGAGCAAAUUCCUGUCCCUGGGUUCCAAAUUCCGUUAUAGUGGUCGAACACAGGUUCAGACCAGAGAAGCAAGUGCUCUAAUUGACAGACCUGCACCACGUUUUGAGCGUACUGCAAGCAAAAGGGCAUCCAGAAGCCUGGAUGGAGCUAAACGUAAGUUUCCAAAAACCUCUGUUGAAUUACCACUGGACGAGGAUCUUGAGCCCAGAUGUAUUGAAGCACCCAGAGAGCAGCCAGCUGCAGUUACUGGGACUCCAGACAGAAGCCCAAGGGCAGUUACUACUUCUGCACCAACCAUAUCUCAAAGUCAUUCAGUGGAAGCUAGUAGCCCACCCACAGCUGAGACGACUGGAGUGACUGAAUCGAAAGCAGUUAAGGAGGAGGUGCAAUUGGAGGUAAAACAAGGAGAGGGUCUCAUUGAGAAGAGAUCAGAACCAGUCCAAGAGGUUAAGCAGGUCAUCACACAGCAGAUUGAAAUCACAUCAUUUCCUGCCACAGCAAAUGAAAAAUCACAGCAAAAGCCUGACGGAGAGGAAGAGGUUGUCCGAAUGCGCAAGAAGAGAUCAAAGAAAGUUGAGGGUGAAAACAUUUAUGUCAGGCAUAGCAAUUUAAUGUUGGAGGAUCUAGACAAAACCCAAGAUGAGAUCAUGAAACAUCAUGCUAGUAUUAGCGAACUAAAGCGCAGCUUUAUGGAGUCUGUACCUGAACCACGCCCUAGUGAAUGGGAUAAACGGCUGUCAGCACACUCACCUUUUAGAACAUUGAACAUCAACGGGCAAGUUCAGUCUGGCGCAGAAGGAGCCAUGGUGGUUUCAGGCCUACGCCCUGAAAAGAAGCUUGGUGGGCCAGAGAAUGUGGAUGACUAUCUGAAAUCAGAACUGGAUGAGCAGUCAGUGUGUGUAAAAGUUGAUCACAAGGCAGAAAUAGAGGCACUGAAGCUGGAAAAUAGCUUCAGCAUGAGUCAAGUGGCCAACCCAAUGGAGCUUCCACAGGGAUGGUACUCUACCCCUUUCUCUGUAAUUAACAGCGAGGAGGAGGAAGGAUUGUACCUUUUUCAGAGCAAGGAGCUGAAGUGGCAAAACAGGUCAGAAAGAGGCCUAAGUAUGCAAGCUGAGGCUUCAGAGGAGAUUACAGCAAAGGCCCUUUUGAGCUCUGCUGCUCCUCAACUAAACUAUCGUCUGAAGGAAGGGGAACAUAAAGACCAAUCUUUAAAGAUAAAUGGCGAUAUAUCUUAUUACCAUGAAUCUCCUCAGCUAAUCCGCUGCUUUCAGCCACCACUUGUAAAGACUCAAACUGUAACCAUCUCUGACAUGCCCAACUCCGAAAACGAGAUUGCAACAAAUGAAGUUCCUGUUGUUCACACUGAAACAAAGACCAUCACGUAUGAAGCAGCGCAGACAGAUGAUGGUAAUGGUGACUGCGAGCCUGGGGUAUUGAUGAGUGCUCAAACUAUCACAUCUGAGACCGUCUCCACCACGACAACCACUCAAAUCACAAAGACUAUUAAGGGAGGAAUUUCAGAAACCAGGAUUGAAAAACGAAUUGUAAUCACAGGAGAUAGUGAUGUCGACCAUGAUCAGGCUUUGGCACAAGCCAUCAAAGAAGCCAAAGAGCAGCAUCCAGAUAUGUCAGUGACAAAGGUAGUGGUCCAUCAAGAAACAGAGGUGGCUGAGGAAUAAGGCCAG